CCUUCGAUCGUGCCGAACUCUCUGAGCAAUGAACCGGCCCGUAAAUUUUCGUGCUCCAGACGUCCGAGAUCAAAGCACAAUUCAGACUGAGAAAGUUGUCGAUCCGCCAAGGUGCUGGGUGCUGGAUCAUGGUGUGAACUACCUAGGCCUUUGUCCAAAUGCUGGCUGUAUCUCCCACGAGAAAGGUGCCACAAUCUGCCAGAUGGGUCUUGGAAAGUUCCGUCCUAAUGAGCAGCUCUGCUACAAGGAGAUUGCUUGCCGUGCCUGCCAUUCCCUUUUUGCGCCACAUUGCUAUGUUUUCUAUCAUUGUUCUGCCAAGAUCAAUUUCUGCAUUGUGGGUGAAUCUGCAGAUCAGAUCUCCCUAUCCGAAGACCGGGAGUGCAAAGCACGGCAACUUGGGAAGCGUGGGAAGACCUUGGUCUAUGAAAUGCUGGUGAUCGAAGUGGAGAGACCGGGCACAUUUCCGGACCGGGAUUCCUUGGAGAUCCUGAAUAUUCACAAGGACUCCAUGUUUCAAUCCUCUAUCAGCUUGCUCUCAACUGCCUCAACCAUCACCAGCCCACUCUUGAGUGGCGCAGAGAUGAGUCCAGCGCAGAUUCAUUUCAUCCAGGACAGCAUCGCCAAUCGCUUCACAUGUGGGCGAAGUGUCCGUGAUACCAUGGAAAAGCUGAAGAGGGGCGUUCUCCGUGCUCUUGACAUUCCAACCAUCAGAGUUUUCCAGUGGAAAGGCAAGUGGCACACGGAAGACAAUCGCCGCCUCUGGUGCUUUAAGGAAGCUGGUCUUAGUUCUGUUCCGGUCAAACGCAUUUGUGUGUUUCAGGUUGAUACUAGGAAGUUCAGCACCACGAACAACGGAUUGUCGGUUUUCAUGCGCUAAGGCCGCUAGGAUGCAGGGCACAACGCCUUUCAUCCUGAGCGGAUGUUGACGGUCCUGACAGUGGACUGUUCUAUUUUAAUGAUGUGGGGAGCAGAUCUGCACGUUCCUGCUGCUGCAUCACUGACCCAUGGGC